GUCAGCUGCUGGCAUGCUACCGGUUAUGCAGAACAGUGCCAUAAUAUGUCGGUGAUGUUUACAUGCAAUUUCUCUAUCUUCACAAUACGCUAACACCCUGCGAAUGGUAAUAAAUGUGAAAGCACGCUGGGAUUGCUGACUAGUGUUGUACGCUCCGAUGUUUCAGGACGCUUAAUUUACACCUAACAGGAAUAAUUAUGUUAAAAUGCUGUGCCUUAUGCUGGCCGCAUACCUGCUGCUGUCGUUACUGGGAGAGCUAGAAGGAAAUUCACAGAUGUGGCUUCGUUUGCCUUCACGGGGCAUUCCGCGUGCUACCCGGAAUCAGAUUUUAGAAGCGGCCAGCAAAGCUGGAACGACAGAUAGUCCUAGCAUACAGCUUAGAAUUGUUGGAGGCAGAGACGCCCAGAUAUGUGAAGCUCCGUAUACGGUCGCUUUAUUGGACAGAUCAGGAAGUCAGUUCUGCGGUGGCACUUUGAUACAUCCAUCUUGGGUGGUUACCGCAGCCCACUGCGUUGGUCGAAGUCCAAAUGGAAUGAAUAUUCUUCACGGAAGCACUUUCUUAUCUACUGGCGGAACCGAAGUUAGCGUUGCCGACGUAAGACGUCAUCAAAGCUACAAGCAUUCAACCGAAUUGAAUGACAUCGCCUUGCUACGGCUGUCCUCGCCGGUGACGUGUGACGAAAACACGAAAGCUGCGUCACUGCCGCGGCGGUCUGCACCGCCGUGUGUUGGCUGCGUAGGACGAGCUAGUGGCUGGGGAUCGUUGUCAGAAGGUGGUGCUGAUCCGGAAAACAUGCAAAUCGUGAACCUCACGGUCAUCGCCAACAGCGACUGUGCGGAUGUGUAUGGUGAUGAUAGUAUUGCAACUAGCAUGAUGUGUACGGAGGCUGAUGGAAAUCACGACACAUGCCAGGGAGAUUCUGGGGGCCCUCUGGUGCAGAUUAGCGACUUGACGCACAGCUUGAUUGGCAUCACGUCGUGGGGAGCUCAAUGCGCCUCUCAGACGUUUCCUGGAGUGUACACGCGGGUAGCAGAUUUUGUUGACUGGAUAUACGACAACACCAACAAUGUAGACUUUCCCACAUUCGGAGAUGCGUGCGCCCUGGAUAGGAUCAAAUGUUCUGAUCCGAUCCCGCUUACCACAGAACCUACCACAGAGCCUACCACAGAGCCUAGCGCACCCCGAUAUCCAUAUAGACCUUACAGACCUCACCCACAUUACUAUAAACCCUAUGGCAGAUACCCAGGCAGAUACCCUGGCAGAUAUCCUGGCAGAUACCCUGGCAGAUAUCCUGGCAGAUACCCUGGCAGAUAUCCUGGCAGAUAUCCUGGCAGAUACCCUGGCAGAUAUCCUGGCAGAUACCCUGGCAGACGCCCAGGUCGACUUUCGGGCAGACGCCCUUACAGGCUCCCAGACAGACGCACCGACAGACAUCGCCAAGAACACACCGACAGACGUCCCGGUAGAGACUCCGACAAGUCCGGCGGUAGAACGAGAAACACCGGCAAUAGUCGGCAACCGGAAGAUAACGACAGGAGCUCCACCAGGCGAGUGACAGACGGUGAAGACGGUCGGAGACGCACACGCACGCGAAGAACAAGUCAAUCGUGAAGCACGGAAUAUACGUCGCACGAGGCGAGAAUUUUCGAAUGCUGUGUAAACAAGAGCCGCAAAGCGUCUGGGCUCAUCUGAGGUCUGUUGCUACGGUUAUAAACGUAACAUUUACAUCGUGC